GUACUGCCGGCGAGACAACAGAGCAGUGCUUCGCUGUUUAGUCUGCUUGCGGGUCGGGCCGGAGCAUCUUGCUUUGUGUAGUGCGCAGUGUGUGUGUGGCUUUUAGCAGGAAGCGGCGGUGCGAUGCCACAUUUCCGUCGUUCCAGUGUUCUGUAGUGUAGUAGCAGUAGCGCCGUAGCUUAGGAUGACCCGGCGGGCCCAGCACUGACGUCACAGCGCCAGCCGCCGCCGCCGCCAGCAGACCGCACCAUGUCCAAGACCAUCAACGCAUACAGAGUGAAGAAGAUUGAGUCGAUCGGCAAGAUGACGCAGAUGACGCAGGAGGAGAUCGUGACGAACACGAAGACGGUGGUUCAGGGCCUGGAGGCGCUCAAGAACGAGAUCAACUCGAUCCUGAACGGGCUGUCGCCGGCGCUGGAGCCGCAGGGGCCGGCCGGCUCGCCCGACCACGCAGGCGCCGAGAAGGCGGGGCUCGUCCGCAAGUUCCUCGACACCAUCGAGCUGGGCCUGGGGGAGGCGCAGGUUAUGACAGCAUUAUCUGCUCAUCUGCAAGUUGUGGAAGCAGAGAAGCAGAAACUACGCACUCAGGUUCGGCGCUUGUGCCAGGAGAAUGCUUGGCUGCGUGACGAGCUGGCCAACACUCAGCAGAAGCUGCAGGCUUCGGAGCAGGCCGUCGCACAACUGGAGGAGGAGAAGAAGCACUUGGAGUUCAUGGCCUCCAUCCGCAAAUACGAUCAAGAUGUCUCGGGUGAUGACUCUAGUUCGGAGACGAAGCAAGAUAAGCCGAAGAUUGAUGAUCCUGUAGUAGACCUUUUCCCUGAUGAGGACACAGAUGAAAGAAACACCAUGUCACCCACACCUCCAACCUUGGCUACCCAGAUGGCUGUGGGGUAUGAGAUACCAGCACGGUUGAGGACACUACACAACCUAGUUAUCCAGUAUGCAUCACAGGGGCGCUAUGAGGUGGCUGUGCCUCUCUGCAAGCAAGCUCUGGAGGACUUGGAGAAGACCAGUGGCCAUGACCACCCGGAUGUGGCCACUAUGCUCAAUAUCCUGGCUCUCGUUUACAGGGACCAGAACAAAUACAAGGAAGCAGCAAACUUGUUGAACGAUGCCCUUAACAUCAGAGAGAUGACCCUGGGAGAGAACCAUCCAGCGGUUGCAGCAACAUUGAAUAAUUUAGCUGUUCUUUAUGGCAAGAGGGGUAAGUACCGAGAAGCUGAACCCCUAUGUAAAAGAGCCCUCGAGAUCAGAGAGAAAGUACUUGGCCGCGAGCAUCCAGAUGUGGCUAAGCAGCUCAACAAUCUAGCUCUGCUGUGUCAGAAUCAGGGCAAGUAUGAAGAGGUUGAACGGUAUUACCAGAGAGCUCUGGAGAUAUAUGAAGCCAAGUUGGGUCCUGAUGACCCAAAUGUUGCGAAGACAAAGAAUAAUCUGGCAUCAUGUUACCUGAAACAAGGCAAAUACAAGGAAGCUGAGAUUUUGUACAAACAAGUGUUGACUCGUGCCCACGAGCGUGAGUUUGGGGCCAUUGAUGGUGAUAACAAGCCGAUUUGGCAAGUGGCCGAGGAGCGAGAGGAGAACAAAUGUCGUAACAAGGAAAAUGUCCCUUACGGCGAGUACGGAGGAUGGCACAAAGCUGCCAAAGUGGAUUCACCGACGGUGACGACGACACUGAAAAACCUCGGUGCCCUCUACCGGCGACAGGGCAAGUAUGAAGCGGCAGAGACCCUGGAAGACUGCGCCCUGCGCUCACGCAAGGAGGGACUGGACUUCGUGAAACAGGCAAAGGUGGCUCAAAUCCUCAGCGAGUCCGGAGAGAGGCGCCGCAGCGGCUCUUCAGGAAAGGAGCGCAACAGUCGCCGUGGCUCGCGCGAGUCCCUCGACUCGAUGCAGUACGAAACGGGAGAAGAGACGGCUGCACCCAUUGGUAUUGUACAGAGAACACAGGAAGGCGGGCAGUCCGACGCCCGACAGGGAAGGUUAAAGACCAAACUCUUGAACGCUCUCGGACUGCACACUUCGUGAACGAAUGGGAAAGUCUGUGCAUUUGGCGUAACACUUAAGAAAUGACUGGAAAAGUUCCUUCCAGUUGUGUCCGUAAAGUGAACUUUUAUUGUAAUUAAUGUAGCUGUAAGUUAUUGACGUGAAACCGUGUAGGAUGCUAAAAGUGGCUAUUAAGUGCUGUUUUUCUAGAUUUUAUUGAUUUACUUUCCUGUUUUACUUCUAAAGUUGAUGAUUUUAUUGUAUUCUGUAAAUGAAGAAAUGUAACAAAUGGUGCAAACUCGAUAACUAGGGGUGUGGGUGUAAACAGUUUGUGAGAUAUUCCCUCUUCUUACUGCAGUGUUGAAAAUAGUUAAAUUGCUGACAGCUUAAAGAAACUUCAUUUACUUUGCACAUAUUUGUGGUGCAUUAUAACAGAAACAGCCGCAUGUGGUAUUUGCUAUAAGGAUAAUACUUGUUCGCCCAGUUAUCUUAAAAGUCCAGAUGAAGUUUCCAGAUUUCCUCCAAAACCUAUUUUGUCCAUUUGGUUUCUUUCUAAGAAAAAAGUAUUCAACUAUUAUUUCUGCCCAGCCUUCCUGUGUUGCAGUAAAUUAAGUUUUAAUUGAAGGGGCAGUAGCAGACAGUGCUAACCCUCAAUUUAGCAAGGAUUACCCUUUUCGUGAUGUCUGCUUUUCAGAUGCUCCACACUAAAGGAAAAAGUAGUUCCAAUUGUACUAUUACAAAGAAUUUCCUGGUAUUCAAAUUGUUUUACCUUGUUGUACUUCAUAUAGGCUAUGACUUUAACCAGUAACUCAGAAUUGUGCUCCUGCAAAGGCUAUUGGAGAUCUUCCUUCCAGAUGGCACUCGGUGGCCUCUAAUAAUCUUUCCCUGAGUACUAUUGUCCAUAGUGACAUUAUUUAAUAAAAAUGCGUCUCAGGUCUGUGUAGGUAAACACUUAGCAAAUGAGACCAGCUGACGCUGAAGUAUGUCAGUCAAAGAAAAACUCUGUUCCAACAUGUGAACAAUGAUACUGUGAAGUGUAAUGAAUUACGAAUUUUAAUUUUAGCACUCACUACACCUAUGGGACAUUUUACAAAUUAUGUAAAAUGUAUAUGAAUUUAUAGCAUGCAUAUAAUUUUUUUAAAAAAAUUGACCAUCCUCUCCAUAAGUAGUUUGCCAACAGUGUGGAAUUUUUUACUUUUAUUUUUUAUCAGUUGCAUUUAACUAAGUGAACAAAAAUACUUCAUAUAGCUCAGUAUUUGUGCAUUGCUUUGUAAUGUGAUCUACACAAACACAUUGACAAGUCUCCUGGUGCAUUAAUGUAAUUUCAACACUGGGGUUAAUCUUACCCAUCACCUUUAGUGUCUAGAGAGUACUAUCUGAGAUAUUAUUAAAAGAAAAGUGGUGUUAUUUGCUAUUGGUGAUUGAAUCUCCUGUCACAGUUGUAGCACAAUAUCCUUAAGUGGGUUUUUGUGAUACACCAGAGCAGUCCAGUGUCACGUCUAUACAGUUGAUUCCUUCGUGUCUGCGGUUUUACUGCAUUCUUGGAAUCAUGUUUGUAGGUGACUCACUGAAAAGUGUGCACUAUUUGAUCAGUAAUUUUUAGGUAAUAUGAUUUCCAACAGAUCAUUGCUGUCUCCAUUUAGUUUGUGUUUAUUCAGCUGUCUGUAUCCCACUCUUCAAAAGGCUGUUAUUACAAAUACUAAAAAAAGUGCAGGCUGACAACUUGCUUGAAGCAUAAAUUCUUUCAGAAAUGUCACUCUAUAUUCAGGCCGCCUGCUUAGCUGAGUGGUAAUGUGCUCGCCUCCCGAGCAAGUGGGCUUACAUUAGAUUCCCGGCCGGGUUUGGCGAUUUUCUUUGCUCGUGGAUUGGGUGUCGUGUGUUGUCCUCGUCAUCAUUUCGUCCUCAUCACCAGCUCGCAAGUCCCCCAAUGUGGCGUUGACUGCAAUAGGACCUGCACCUGGUGGCAUCCCGGCCAACUGUGCUGUACGCUCAUCUCCAUUGUGUAUUCCGUGUGGCAUUUUUGUUGCAUUUGUGCAAAAGUCUUAAAAACAUUAACCUUACCUUGGAUAUUUCCAGCCUAGAAAUUUCGGACUGGUAGAAUAAAAGUAACUGUGUUGCAAAGCCAUCUAAAAUUUCCAAAUGGGUGCUGCAAUCUGAUACUGAGUUUGUCAAAAGUAUUGGGCAUCUCCUCAGAUCGCGUAGUUUGAAUGCUUUGAAAUUCAAUGAAAAACUCUCUUUGGUUGAGGUAGUUCAGCAGAACUUGUUUUAAUUUUUUGUACCACUUCAGUGAAAUCCAAAUUUUGGAAGUACCAGGAUGGAAACAAUUAACAAGAGAUACAAAAGGCAACCACUCACCCAUAGUAUAGUGACAAGUGGCACACACAGACAGCAGUGCUUGCUUGUUACUAGCUUUCUAGCUGCAACUUCAUUUUUCAGAAUAAACAAGACACUCAUAUGCAGCUCUUGGCCACAGCCACACCUCGCGCACACAUGACCUUCAACUCCAGCAUCUCAGGUCGGAAUGCCAGUCAGUGUUUUGUAAUUCUGCCUGUCUGCAACUUGACAUGUCUUCUUUAUGUUGAGUAGCAAUCUGACUUUUCCUACAUUGUUAAUACUCCUACCUGGAGUUUCCAUUGUCUGGUUUUUCAGUGUAAAUACCCCACAGACACAAUGAACAACUCGCCAGCAGCUGUGUUAUUGCACACUCUACUAACAUCUCUGUGCUUUUAUGUGUUUGUACGUGCCACACACCAGUCGACUGCAUGAGUGCGAUUGUCACUCUCAUUUUAGUAUCACGAGUUUCAGUUUUGAUAAAAGAGAAAAAGCUGCAGGUGGUAUAAUUUCGUAGCAAGAUUCUUGGUGAAAGCAUCUUCCUGUAGCACAUUCAUAUUUAUUUGCAAUAUUUGUCUUUUGUCGUACAUUCCUUUUUGUCUAACUGGUAGAGUUCCUUCAAGAUAGGGCAAAUUAUGAGUGUAUAUUUGACCUUGCCUGGCAUCUAUGUAAACCUUUUUGCUUAGGUGAUUUUUUUAUUUAUUUCAUUAGAUAUAUUGCUCAGUCUUACCAAUACCGUUGUACAUUAUCUCCCCCACCCCCACACCGCACCCCCAACCAUUUCAUCUCUCACCCACUGUCCACAGCUGCAAUGGUAGUGAGCAGUUAAGUUUACCCUUUUUAAAAAAAAUUUCAGAGUUCCAAUAUAAACCUAUCAUUUCACAACUGUCAGAUGAAUAAUAUCGUCAGCAUUUAAAAUGUUUGACAACAGUUCUUAAUGAGAAAUUAUUCUAUUUGACAUCUUUCUUUCAAAUAGUAUUCAUUGUGUGAAUUAGUGGAGAUAAAACAAUUGGACAUCACGAGAGUUGCAGGUUCAGAAAUGUACUCAUCAGUGAGAGUUGCAGGAGUCUACGGUUCUCUAUUAUCUGUUUAUUUUGUUGCCUCACUUUCAGAAAAUAAAAUCAUUCCUGCUAAUCAUUAUACAGCACUUUGUUACACUUUUUCGCUGUUUCUGCCCAUUAGGCAGUAUGUAGCUGUGUAUUUAGUUUGUGCUCCUGUUUUGCCUUGCAUCAUUUGCAUGCAGAUUUGUCUCUAACUUGGUCAACCAGUUAUUAUGCAGUUUACAGACUUUUGAGUUCCUACUAUGCCUUUAUUUUCAAUAGUUUAUGGUUUAGUAUCCUAGUGAACCCAAGCUCUCCCCCCCCCCCCCCCCCCCCCCAUUACCAACCUCCUCCUCCACAUCCCUCCCUCCACCCCCCACCUCUCUCUCUCUCUCUCUCUCUCUCUCUCUCUCUCUCUCUGUCUGUCUGUCUGUCUGUCUGUCUCUCUGUCGGGGUGGGGACCAACUAAGUCAGUAAAGAAGCUGGUUUUUAUUGUCACCCCUCUGAAUUUGGCAAAAUGUGGCAAUAAUGUUUGUGACUGUAUUAGCUGCUGAAUUCUGCACAUGGUGAAUGGGACAUUUUGGUUAAUGGAAGCUAAUAAAUACAAUUUACUGGUGUCUCUUAGAACAUUUUUCUCAUAUUCUUAGAUGGUCUGAGGAGGAAACCUCACAAACUGUUUGCACAUACCUAAUCAAAUUUUUUCAUUGGAGAUUUUCUCCUAUCAUUCCUUUGAAAAGAAUGUAGUUACUUCUAGCGAUGUCUCAAUAGUUGACCCAAUUUUUAUACCUUCCUGUUUGCACUUUUAUACUAAAUAUAAGUGUUACGAACAGUACAGACCAUUACAGUAUACGAUUUCUGAGACAGGAGUUUUUGCCUUCACUCACCAAAAGCAUAGUACGGCUUCUUGUGAAUUGUAUUUGUAGCUACUUUUAUGUAUCUGUGUAGUUAAAUUUAUGAAACUCUCAGCUGUCAACCAUUGCAGUGCCAUUGUGAUUUCUAUCAGAUUUCUCAUUCUUAUCCUUGCCACUUGUUUUUGGUAAGUGGUGGCUUCUUGCCCUGUCUCAUUGAAAAAAAAAGAAAAAGAAAAAGAAAAAACAGUUACGAAGGUAAUGGAAAUGCAGUAUUUUUUACGUCUUCCGAAGGUGUGUUGAAUGCAGAUGUGUACUACCAAGUACUGUAUGACUUAUGUUACACAAAGUAAUUUGCUUCUGUAUUCUUGUGGUCUUACAUUCAGACAUGUGCACAAUAUUUUUCACUGUUUAGUUUGUAAAUCUAGCUGGGUAUUAGUAAUAGAAAUCAGUUGUUUAUCUGAUAAUGAGUGUAAGUUUAUUUUAUUUUUUUUUUUUUUUUUACAACUACUUACAGUUUAAUUGCCUGUAUAGGCUUUUGGUUGUGUCAUAGUUGAUAGUGUGACUGGUUCUUUUGAGCGACUGAUUUUAAAAACGUUGUUCUAUGAUAGAUUGCUCCAGAAGACAUUUUGUUCGGUAAUGAUUGAAAUUGGUGAAAUACAUAGUGGUGCUUAAUGUGACAGAUGCCUGUUGAUCUUGCCAUGUAUAUUUUAAUUGAUAAUGUUGAUGUACAGUAAUUGUAAAAGAAGUGUUUGUGGCUUCCAUUCUUUUACUAAGUCUGCGGUUAGCUAACAUUGCAGAUUUUAGCAGGAAGCAAUUUCAGGCUUUAAUUCAAAUGAUUUGGACAAUUAUUUUCUGUGAUGUCCUCAUGUUGCUUCCAUUGUAUUUGCAGUUGGAAUCCUGAUAUUGUAUUGUUGAGAUACUUUGUGAAUACUGUUGAACUGCUUCAAAGCUUUUAUUAAUAUUAUUGUUAACUGUAAUAAGAAAGUGACUAGUGAGAAGUUGAUUAUCAAAAAACCAUAAUAGCUAUAGAACUGUUUAAAGUAAAAAUUCUUUGCCAAUGAAGAAGGGAAUGAAUAAAAUGUUUGAUGUCUCGGAGUGGAUGUGACCUGCUAUUUACAGAUAGUGGACAUUUGUUUGUUUGCAGAAUUUGGUAAAAUUUGGAAGUGGUCUUACAUCUUGCAUUAUUUCUGAUUGCUUGAAGACAGAUCUUUUUAAAAAUUCUUUUAUUUUGGCACUUUGCCUGAUUUAUUUUAUUUUAAUUAUUUAUGAAAUACAUUCUUUCAUUAUUACUGCAUUCUGUUUCCUCCUCAAAUGGUUACUACGGGACAUAGUAGUCUGCUGAAGGCUAUUUUUCAUGUUUUGCUCUUCACAUUUUCUUUAUUGUGCCAUAUGCAUAAAACUGGAAUGCACACACAGAUAUUUUUGCAUGCUAGUUAUUUCUCAGUUUGAAAUGAGGAAAUUAAUGUUCGAUGGGAUGGAUUGACUGAUGACUGACUUCUAUAACUGAGCCUCCAAACGUAUCUAAAAUCACCCAUUAAUAGUAUACGUAGCUUUUGUUUCUAGAUUUAUUUGAAUGCAAGAGGGCGGGUGGGGGUGGGAGGAGAGGGGGGGGGGGUAGGGGUAGGGGACCAAGGGUAUUAAGAUAGUGGCAAUAUAGGUUGAAGAGUAACUGAAACAGUUCCUGAGAAACAUUUUUAGCAGCUGAGAAACAUCUUGUUCAUAUUUAAAUUUAAUGUAACUGAACUCAGAUUAUGUCAUUCGUACUGACACUGGAUUGGGUAUCUCCUUGUUAUCUUCAGCUGUAUAGAACAUGCAGCCUUCAGCAGCCACUGAUGUUUGUGGUAAAUGAAAUCAAUAAAACCUCUGAAAAGUGCAUAAUUUUGCUGGUUAAUAGUCUCUAUUCAGUAGCAUCUCAAAGGUUGUAAUUUUUUUGUUGUAUUUUUGUUUUUAAUAAAAUAUUUUGUUAUUGAA